UAUAGCAUGUCAAUAUGGCAUACAAUGUUUGCACAUUUUCCUAAUGAUGAUAGUGGUUUUAUGUCCAUAUUCACAUAAAACUGUUGUCAUGUAUUGUUUUUCGUGUAUAUUAGAACAAGUGUUUCCUGAAACUAGUGGGUUGACUUAUCAUGACCCAGGUGAUAAAGUUGGAACUGUGAUGAUCCUAGAAGAUGGGAAAUUCUGUGAACCUCCAGGAGGUUGGAACAAGAGUGGAAGGACCUACUUGGUUCUUAAAGAGAAAAAGAAAUCUACUGAGAGAGUCAAAGAAUUACUCAAAUCCAUAAGGAAGAAAAAGAAUAAAUCAAAAUGUACAUGCCAAAGCAAACAUAACAAAGUAGCAAGUGUAAAUAAAGUAGAAAAUAUACAAUCAAGUAUUGCAAGAAAAAAAAGUGCCAGAAUAUGAGUAGGUUGGAAACACUACAAGAAGACAAAGUACAACUCAGCAUACAAACAGAUUUACAUGCGGGAAGAUGGGGGGACACGUGAUAUUGAAAUGCCUUCAUUAGAAAUUAG